GAAGUGAGGGCGUGGUCUGGUUACCCGCGCAGGGAAAGGCGCGGCCUCAUUUUGUUCUCGCUCGCAGCAGACGCCGCCGCUGGGCCUCUCUGGAAUCGGUGAGAGAUCGGGCGUGAGGGAGGCCAUCGGGGCGGAAGGCGCGACGCAGGCGGGAGCUGGGGGCCGAGGCUUCCCGUUGGCAGCGCCAUCCUUGCCGGGCGCCGCUGAGGGCGGCUCGGUUUGGGCAGGCAAAAGUCGGCCAAGCGCCAACAUCCGGGGCUUUCUCCCUCUUGGGCACUCGACAUCCGGGCAUCUUCUCCUGCUGUGUGUGCCGUAACAUCCGGGUCCUUUCCUGCGAGGUGUGGUCACCAUGGCUGUCCCAGAUCCCCGGCCCAAUCACACAAUUUAUAUUAACAAUCUCAACGAGAAAAUCAAGAAAGAUGAGCUGAAGAAAUCCCUCUACGCCAUUUUCUCCCAGUUUGGCCAGAUCCUUGACAUCCUGGUGUCCCGCAGCCUCAAGAUGCGGGGACAGGCUUUUGUCAUCUUCAAGGAGAUAAGCAGCGCAAGCAACGCCUUGCGUUCCAUGCAGGGCUUCCCCUUUUAUGACAAGCCCAUGAGGAUCCAGUAUGCCAAAUCUGACUCUGACAUCAUAGCCAAGAUGAAGGGAACGUUUGUGGAGCGGGACCGCAAGCGAGAGAAACGGAAGCCCAAAGGCCAGGAGGCACCUGCUGUCAAGAAGCAGAUCCCGGGGGCAGGAGCGCCAGUGGCUCCCGCCGUCCAAGGCGCCGUGCCUGGCAUGCCACCCAUGAAUCAAGCCCCUCGCAUGAUGCACCACAUGCCAGGCCAGCCCCCCUACAUGCCCCCUCCAGGGAUGAUGCCGCCCCCUGGCAUGGCCCCAGGGUCCAUGCCCCCUGGGGCUAUGCCGCCACAACAGAUGCUGCCUGGGCAGAUGGCUCCAGCACAGCCGCUGUCGGAGAAUCCGCCCAAUCAUAUCUUGUUCCUCACCAACCUGCCUGAGGAGACAAAUGAAUUGAUGCUGUCCAUGCUUUUCAAUCAGUUCCCAGGUUUCAAGGAAGUGCGGCUGGUUCCUGGCCGCCAUGAUAUUGCCUUUGUGGAGUUUGAUAAUGAGGUGCAGGCUGGAGCUGCCCGAGAUGCUCUCCAGGGAUUCAAAAUAACGCAGAAUAACGCCAUGAAAAUCUCGUUUGCCAAGAAGUGAUGCCUCCUUCUGAGUCCUUGGACGUUUGCGCUGCUCUUGCUAGUUAGUGCCUGUAAAUGGCUUGUGUUGUGUUUUUCCUGUUUGUUUUCUGUUCGGAGGUAAGUGGGGUGUGUGUGUGAGAGUGAGUGUGCACAGCUGCACGAAAGGGCUGGCAGGUCUUGCUUUCCUUGAGCAGUAACAGGGAGAGGCACAGAUGAGCUCCCUGUCGACUGUCAGUGACUUGGAAUGCGUGUGUGUUGUCGAAAGAGAGCAGCCCAUUCCUUGCGAAAGCCUUGCACCCAGGGUCUGGCGGCCAGACAUUGCACCUGGAGCUUCUCUGUUUUGCAAUAAAAAAAACGGGUUUAUUUUUCAA